AUGCCAAAUUGCUUCUGCUGCUCCUGGUGGUGCUUGUGUGCUCGUUCGGUGCGGACCUGGUACCUCUUUUGUGAAGCGGCAGCUAAGGAGACUCCGGCGCUCACCGUGGCCGACUAAAAGCCUAAGGAAGGAGUCAAGACUGAGAACAACAAUCACAUUAAUUUGAAGGUGGCGGGACAGGAUGGCUCUGUGGUGCAGUUUAAGAUUAAGAGGCAUACACCACUUAGUAAACUAAUGAAAGCCUAUUGUGAAUGACAGGGUUUGUCAAUGAGGCAGAUGAGAUUCCGAUUUGAUGGGCAGCCAAUCAAUGAAACAGACACACCUGCACAGUUGGAAAUGGAGGACGAAGAUACAAUUGAUGUGUUCCAACAGCAGACAGGAGGUGUCUACUAAAAAGGGAACCUGCUACUAUACUCCAGAACUCUGUUGUUACAGACCAAGAUUACAU